UACCAGUGCACGUUUUGUGACAAGUCUUUUGCAAAGCCUAGCGCCUUGCAGCCGCAUAUCUACACUCAUACUGGAGAGAAGCCCUUCAAAUGUCAUAUACCAAAUUGCAACAAACGAUUCGCAGUGAUUAGCAAUUUACGGCGUCAUUUCAAGGUC